AUGGACACCAAUUACACUACUCAGGCAGUUGUCCAAUCUAAAGACAACUCAAUGAAUACCGCAAAAGACUUCCGGAAGUCAAUCAAACGAACUUCAACUCAAGAGAGCCUUACUAUCAAGAAAAUCCUCAAGAGUGAUGAGGCUCAGAAGCUUCAUCCAGGAUACCUGCGUUUAAGAAACUCAUUCUGGAGCACGACUUACAACAUCGGUGCCGCUACCGCUUCCUAUGUAACUCAACCUUUCAGUAAACUCGGCCAGACAUUGAUGCUGCCAACACAGCUUGCGCGCAGCCUACUCUUCGGGACUAAGGCCGACCCAUCCAGUGGGACUUUGACAAUUUGCGACAAUCGCACCCAGCGGCGGUACGAAAUCCCAAUCAACCGAAACGCAAUCAAAGCACUCGAACUCCAAAAGAUCAUUUCCGUCCAGGCUGAUGUCAACUCCGUCAGUUAUUGCGGUUUGAAAAUCCUGGAUCCUGGGUACCUGAAUACCGCCUGCGUCGAGUCGAACAUUACCUAUAUCGAUGGCGGACAUGGAUCUAUCCAUUACCGCGGCUACUCGAUUGAAUACCUCUUUGAGAACCACGACUAUGAGGAGGUUGUCUUUCUCUUGAUCUGGGGUCAUCUCCCCGACGCGAAUGAGAAGAAUACCUUCCGGCGUAAGAUCGCUGCUGGCUGCAUUCCCCCUCCUCACGUUGUUGAAGUCAUUGAGUCUUUUCCUCGAGAUUCCUUGACGAGCACAAUGGUCUUUGCUGGCAUGGCCGCCUAUGCUAGCCAUGACGAAGGUGCCAUUGCCACACUCCAGUCCGGACGACCAGCGUUCAUGGGCCAGGCUGACAAGGUCGAUGAAGCUCUCAUCGGCUGCAUCUCUGCUCUCGCCACUGUUGUCGCCCUUGUAUACUGCCGCAAGCGCAAUAAGACCUUCACCCCUGCCGAUCCCGACGAGUCUUUCAUCGCCAACAUGUUGCGCAUGAUGGGCUUCCAUGAGGACAAACACAGUAACAAGCCUAAUCAGGAGAUUGUCAAAUGCUUCGAGAAGCUCUGGAUCCUCUACGCUGACCAUGAAAUGACCAACUCGACCGCCGCCUUCUUACACGCUGCCUCGACCCUGACAGAUCCCCUUGCGUGCUGUAUCUCUGGUCUUGUGUCCGGGUAUGGCCCGCUCCACGGAGGCGCCAUCGAACUAGCCUACAAGGCCUUUGAGGAUCUCAAGACCCCGGAAAACGUGCCGUUGCUGAUAGCGGACGUCAAGGCCAAGAAGCAGCGUCUCUUCGGGUACGGCCACCGCAUCUACAAGGCCGUGGACCCCCGAGCCAAGUUCAUCCGCGCCAUGAUCGACCAGUACAAGGACAAAGUGGAGUCGAAUCCUUUGCUUUCCAUCGCGAUGGAGAUUGACCGCGUCGCCAAUGCCGACAAGUACUUUACGAGCCGUAACUUGAAGGCUAAUGCAGACCUUUACGGGUGUUUCCUGUACACUGCCUUUGGCUUCGAAACCGACAUCAUCUUGGCGAUGGCAAGCUUGUCACGCAUGCCUGGGGUGUUGGCGCACUGGCGUGAGGCGAUGCUCGAAAAGGGUCCCAUGUUAUGGAGACCGCAGCAGGUCUUUACCGGUCCGCCACCUAGAGAAGGCAAUUCGAACUAG